AGAAAAAUUUAUGAGUGCAAAGGUUAUAACUGAUCAAAGUUGUGCAUGUUACAUGUAUGGCCAUUAAAAAUAUUGCGAAAACGGAGAAAGUAUACAGUAAGACAAUAAGCCAAUAAUACGGAGUACCCCGUAAGAGUGUAAGACUGUUAAUCGGGUGUACAAUUGGUGCAGUGUCCUUACCUCAUUCUCACUGCCUCGACCUGUAGUUUCCCUUACCACCUCCGCAAGCGCAACCCCUUUCGCGCGCCAUCGACGCUGCAUUCCAAACGCUCGUAGCUGCUACUGCUACUACUACUGCUACUCAUCCUAUCACCCAUUAUCAUCAUCUCCUACAAUUCCAAACCCUAAUUCUCCUGCUUUGCUUUACAAAUCCGCCAUUAAUGCCGGGUGUAAUGGGAUCCAUGGAACCAGUCGAACGACAGUCAUUGAAGAAGCUCACUUUCAAAUCCCUCAAACGUGCUCUUGAUGUCUUUGCUCCUCUUCAUUCUCAAUUCCCUUCUCCCGAUUCUGAAAGUAAAAAAAUGCGGUUGAGCCACAAGAUUAGUUUAGAAUAUGGAGGAAUUAAACCUACAUUAGCUCAGCCUCAGCCUGCUAAGCAGAAGUCGUCUGCUCCAUCUGAUCCCCUUGCUCUUCCUGCUCCAGAAGACGGACAAAGAGGAGGUGCUCAUAAUGCUCUAGUUGUUGCUCCAGCUGCUCACUCGAGACAGACUGAAGUUGGUCCUAGUAAAAGCAAUGCACUUAUCUCGACUCCCAGUUCUUCUGAAAGGUUCUCAACGUCUGCACUUAUGGAGCGAAUUCCAAGUAGAUGGCCAAGGCCUGUGUGGCGUGCUCCAUGGAAGAACUACAGGGUGAUUAGUGGCCACUUGGGAUGGGUGAGAUCGGUUGCCUUUGAUCCAAGUAACAGUUGGUUUUGCACGGGUUCAGCUGAUCGUACUAUUAAGAUUUGGGAUGUAGCAAGUGGGCGAUUGAAACUUACUCUUACUGGACAUAUUGAACAAGUUAGAGGGCUUGCUGUUAGCCAGAGGCAUACCUAUAUGUUCUCUGCUGGUGAUGAUAAAAUGGUGAAGUGCUGGGAUCUUGAGCAGAAUAAGGUCAUUCGCUCUUAUCAUGGCCACUUAAGUGGAGUUUACUGCCUGGCUCUUCAUCCCACUCUUGAUGUAUUGCUUACUGGAGGCCGUGAUUCGGUUUGCCGGGUUUGGGACAUUCGUAGCAAAACACAAAUCUUUGCUUUGUCAGGGCAUGAAAAUACAGUCUGUUCUGUGUUCACUCGACCUACGGAUCCUCAAGUGGUGUCGGGUUCACAUGAUUCAACCAUAAAAUUCUGGGACUUGAGACAUGCAGGAAAAACAAUGACAACACUCACGCAUCAUAAGAAGUCUGUACGAGCAAUGGCGUUGCAUCCCAAAGAGAAUAUGUUUGCAUCUGCCUCUGCUGACAACAUAAAGAAGUUCACCCUCCCAAAAGGAGAGUUUAUGCAUAACAUGCUGUCUCAGCAAAAAACAAUCAUCAAUGCGAUGGCUGUCAACGAGGAAGGAGUCUUGGCUACAGCAGGUGACAAUGGUAGCCUUUGGUUUUGGGACUGGACUAGUGGUCAUAAUUUUCAGCAAGCUCAAACUAUUGUGCAACCUGGUUCACUGGAUAGUGAGGCUGGUAUCUAUGCGCUCUCUUAUGAUCUCACUGGCUCAAGGCUGGUAACUUGUGAAGCUGACAAGACUAUCAAAAUGUGGAAAGAGGAUGAGACUGCUACCCCUGAAACCCAUCCUCUCAAUUUUAAGCCACCUAAAGACAUUAGACGAUUUUGAUUGCAGUGACUGCUACAUGCUGAAACUUGAAUCAUUAGGACAUCUGUAAGUUCAUACUUCAUAAUAGCUUAUUGUGGAUGAUUGUUGAAGUUAUUGUUAGAUGGGUAAGGGAAGCCAAAAUGCCAAAUAGGGUAGGAUGGAGGGAAAUUAUUUUUGUGAGUUCCUUUUACAUCAAAGCUGAAUUGACGGUAAUAUGCAAGUUUCAUGCUUUCUAGAAUUUUCUCUCCUUGUAGGUAAUCAGGAGAGAUGAAACACUUGGAUAUUUGCCGACAUUUUUAAAUUUUCCUGCUUUUCUUUAGCUGGUUCUUUACCUGUGUUAUACAAGAUACAACGUAUGACUUCAUUGAUGAUUAUGACUAGCUAGUAAAUAGAUUUUUCCCUCCAGUAAUGCAAUAUGAUUUCUACUAGUUGGUGAUCUUUCUGAUCGAGUACAUGUUACUGAAGAAGGAAUAUGUUGUUCAAUUUUGAUCUCACACACCGGCAGACAGAUGUAAAAUUUAUAUAAACCACUUGUUAUUGGAAUUGUUUAUUCUUCCAUGCAUUGAUAACCUGUCGAAUGACUUCAAGCAUAAGGCGGGACUUGGCUUAUAAUGUGUGCAUGUAUUUUGAUCGAUGUAUUGAUUGCAUUGAAGUGUGAGAUAGCCCGAAGGACUUGUAUUCGUAUUAGGGGUUUUAUUUUAUGUGCCAAGUCUUUGAGGUGUUUGCAUACUCACUGAAGCGCUCUUAUAUAAUCAUAGUACAGAAAUUUGCCAUACAAAACCUUCAGUAAAUAGCUGUUGCAUAAUCUUUCAAAUAAAGAAGUUAUAAGUCGUUAUCCAUGCACAUAAGUAUUUUUUAACAUGAUUAUAUAACAAAACAUGCCUGGUUUUGUACUCUAUCCGUCUUAAAUUAAUCGUCUAAUUCUUAUAUUUAUUUAGUAAGUUAUUUAAUUUUAAGUUGUCUUGAAUUGGUUGCAAAAUUAUCAUUUUUAAUUACACUCACUUUCAUCGAUAAAUGAGUGUUAGCAAAGGCUAAUCUCACCGAUCAAAGUUUAGUAUAUAGGCGAAAAAAAAAAAAAAAAAAAAAA